GCGGCUGGCUGCUUGUUUGGUUGGUGCCUGGAGCUGGAGGCCGGGAGCAGGACAGCGUCUGCCCGAGCUGGUGCUGCUGUCGGCGGACCGUCGCCGUCGGUCGGUUCCCGUGGAGAUCGGAGCGGAGUCUGCAGGGACCUGCUGCCGCUGCUGCUGCUCUGCGUGCUGGUGCUUUUUUCUCCGCGGGCUGGACUCGGUUUGGGAAACACACGGGAUUAAUUGAUCGGCGCUCCGGUACCGGGGAGUUGGAUGUGUGUUUUGCCCCGCAGGAGUCUCCUGGAGUCCGGGCGGAGAGACGGGGCCGAUGGCGCAACGGUAUGAAGACCUGGCCCACUACGGCCUGGAUGGCGUGGGUGGUGUGUAUGGAGACCCCCACCAUCACCACCACCACCAUGCUGCUGCCGCCCGCUCCCUGCAGGCUGUUCACCUGGCCGCCGCCACCGCUGGUCCGUACCCUCCACACCAGUACUCCCAGUCCACCCACACCAGCAGCAGCGUGGCCACCACAGCUGGGGACGCCGUGAAGAGGGACAAAGACGCCAUUUACGGACAUCCUUUAUUCCCUCUGCUCGCACUGAUAUUUGAGAAAUGUGAGCUGGCGACCUGCACGCCCAGAGAGAGCAGCAUGGCAGGAGGAGACGUCUGCUCCUCGGACUCCUUCAGCGAGGACAUCGCCGUCUUCUCCAAACAGAUCCGAGCGGAGAAGCCUUUAUUUCCAUCGAACCCGGAGCUGGAUAACUUGAUGAUGCAGGCGAUACAGGUGCUGCGUUUCCACCUCCUGGAGCUAGAGAAGGUUCAUGAGCUUUGUGAUAAUUUCUGCCAUCGAUACAUCAGCUGUCUGAAAGGGAAGAUGCCGAUCGAUCUGGUUAUUGACGACAGAGACGGGAACAAAUCGGACAGCGAGGACUUCGUCAGGUCGUCAGGGAACCACCUGGAUCAGGUUUCAUGGAGCAGAGAUCAUGACGACACUACGUCAAUCCGGUCAGCGGGGACACCGGGACCGUCCAGCGGUGGACACACGUCUCACAGCGGCGACAACAGCAGUGAACAAGGUGACUGUCUGGAUAACGGCGUGGCGUCUCCCAGCACCGGAGACGACGACGACCCCGACAGAGACAAGCUGCACAACAAGAAGAGAGGAAUCUUCCCCAAAGUGGCCACGAACAUCCUGAGAGCCUGGCUGUUCCAGCACCUGACGCACCCGUACCCAUCAGAGGAGCAGAAGAAGCAGCUGGCUCAGGACACCGGCCUCACCAUCCUGCAGGUCAACAACUGGUUCAUCAACGCGAGGCGGCGAAUCGUCCAGCCCAUGAUCGACCAGUCCAACAGAGCAGUGAGCCAGGCAGGACCGUAUGGCCCAGAUGGUCAGCCAAUGGGAGGCUUCGUCAUGGACGGACAGACACACAUGGGAAUCAGACCAGCUGGUUCUAUAGGUGGUGUGGGGAUGGGUGUGGGUGUGGAGGGACAGUGGCACUACAUGUAGCAGCAGCAGCACCACCCUGCACCCGGAGGACCCGUGCAGCGUCCCCCGACACCACUGACUCCUUCAGCACGGUGGGUGUGGAGCAGGACCCCACGCCUCCUCACCUGUCCUCCCCUCAGCUCCACCCCUCUGGGCAUCUACCUGGCCCGAUGUGGAAACACCCCGUCGUCAUGGCUGU